AUGCCGCUGACGCCUACAAUUGCCCUUAUCCAACCUUUAUCCCAAAGAGGUACUGAAAAUGAAGUGAAGAUAGAGCAAAUCAAUCAGGCAAAAGAUAGGAAGGUGUGGGUUUACACACCGAUGCUGAUGCCCAUCAUGCUAUGCCGCUGUCCAAUCCAAGAAAGAAGUAUGGUCAGAGGUUCCCACACAUAUUCGCGCAGCCGUGCAUGCCGAUGCCCACACCGUGUCCCCGAAUGUCCUCAAAACGCUUGCCCGUCGGAAAAGGUGCCCAAACGGGCCACCAAGCAGCAUCCACAAGCGUCAGACGCCGGCUUCCAUGCCCGCUGUUCCUAG